UAAUUGGAGCAGUAACAUUUCUGAAGAUAUGUCAACAGAAAUAGUUACACAAGUAGAUUCUGAUGAAACGAUUGAAAGUUUUUCGGAAUCCAACAAAUCGAUCCCGGCUCACUUAAAGACAUAUUCUGAAGCUAUUUAUACUAGCAGAAAGUUUGCUUCUCUAUCAUGUAAAAAUGCCACUAAUUCUGACCAGACCAAUUAUCUAGGUAAUAAGUAG